GUGGAACCUGUAAAAAGGGGACCUCGCAGCAGUAGACAGUAGUUGCAUUUACCGGGCUGAUUUAUUUUGUGAUGGGAAACACUGACGACCUAUUAACGUUUCAAGUUAAAUACUGAGGAUAUUUACCCGGACACUAUGGACAUCAGCAUUACAACUCUUGAAGAUUCAUCGCAUCUGAAAGUCGUAUGACAGACACUCGGGCAGGUAAGCUGCAGAAAGAUCAACGGCACGCGUAUUUCCCACAUCGGAUGAGUCGAGGCCGGGAAGAAAGAUUGAUGUGCACACUGACAUCGUUCCGUUGAUACCCCCAUGCUGAAGAAUUGUUACCGGGCGUGUGCUGCAGAUAUUCGGCCCCCACUCCAUCUUCACUUUGGGAAUAGCCAUGGCAAUCAUCUGGAAACGUCAGUGACUCAACAAUUAAAUCGCCAUGGAAUCGGGUGCCGAGCCCGAUGGCUUUAAAUACCCAUCUCUUCCCAAUUCACAAUGUGAACUCAACAUAAAUAUGUAUGAGACUAUCAGAGACGGAAACGUCACUAAUAUGGACACUUCGACGGUCGUGAGAGGUGGGAGCGACCCAAGUGCAUAUCCUCCAUCGAAUUAUCAGCGGAUCGUGCGCCAAAGAUUCAUCAGGAGAAGUUUGUGGUUCUCAGACUCUGAUGAGCAGGCCUUUGAGGUGCCAGAAUGUGACAACCGGAGUAAAAUCCUCAACGUAAGCCUGCGCACGAUAGUUGACAGGACACGGGGGGCUCUGUUGGGGCCACAGGAGAGCUCCAGUCCCGAGAGUCAAGGGGGGAAGAAAGACAGCGCCACAGAGAGCGCCAGCGCUGAUGAGAAGGAGAAGACUGUGGAUAAAUUGAAUGUUACAUCCACCGACGGCAGUAAAAACACUGUCAGAACUGCUAGCGAGGAGGAAGAGGCUGAGAUGAAAGCUGUUUCCACGUCCCCUGGGGGACGGUUUCUCAAGUUCGAUAUCGAGCUCGGGAGAGGGUCCUUCAAGACGGUCUAUAAAGGUCUGGAUACUGACACCUGGGUGGAAGUUGCCUGGUGUGAACUUCAGGACCGUAAGCUGACCAAAGUGGAGCGUCAGCGGUUUAAGGAGGAGGCCGAGAUGCUGAAGGGGCUGCAGCACCCCAACAUUGUCCGCUUCUAUGACUUUUGGGAGUCACCCCUCAAAGGGAAGAAGUGCAUUGUCCUGGUGACUGAGCUCAUGACCUCCGGAACACUCAAAACGUAUCUGAAGCGCUUCAAGGUGAUGAAACCCAAGGUCUUAAGGAGUUGGUGUAGACAGAUCCUAAAGGGCCUCCACUUCCUCCACACCCGGGACCCUCCUAUCAUCCACAGGGACCUGAAGUGUGACAACAUCUUCAUCACGGGCCCCACCGGCUCCGUAAAGAUAGGAGACCUGGGCCUGGCCACGCUCAAGAGGGCCUCCUUCGCCAAGAGUGUCAUAGGCACCCCAGAGUUCAUGGCCCCAGAGAUGUAUGAGGAGCACUAUGACGAGGCAGUGGACGUCUAUGCCUUUGGGAUGUGUAUGCUGGAGAUGGCCACCUCAGAGUACCCCUACUCGGAGUGCCAGAACGCUGCACAGAUCUAUCGCAAAGUUACCAGCGGAGUGAAGCCUGCCAGCUUCAACAAGGUUGUGGAUCCUGAAAUCAAGGAGAUUAUUGGCGAGUGCAUCUGCCAAAAGAAAGCGGAGCGGUACUCUAUAAAGGACCUGCUGAACCAUGCCUUCUUUGCGGAGGACACAGGGGUGCGGGUGGAGCUGGCAGAGGAUGAUGAUGGGAAGAAGGAAGCUAUCGCCCUGAAACUGUGGGUGGAAGACCCCAAGAAGCUGAAGGGGAAGUACAAGGAGAGUGGCGCAAUUGAGUUCACCUUUGAACUGGAGAAAGAGACACCAGAGGGCGUAGCCCAAGAGAUGGUGGAAUCUGGGUUCUUCCAUGAGAGUGAUGCUAAGAUCGUGGGGAAGUCUAUCCGAGACCGUGUAGCGCUGAUCAAAUGGAGGAGAGAGAGGUCCGUAUUGGCAGGACCCCCAGUGGACAUAGGAGAGGCAGGACUCGGGGCCCAGUCAGCCCUGGCCCAGGGGGCCUCUGCUGGGGCUACACAGGCAGUACAGCCCCCUCUGCUGGAGCCAGAGGCAGACCAGCACGCCAGGCUGUGUAACCUUCCAGCCAGCGCCACCUCUGUCACAUCAGACAGUACGUUUGACAGCGGCCUGGGCUCCGCUGUGUACUCUGACUCCCACAGCAGCCAACACAAUGUCCUCUACCAGUCCCUAGUGGAGCCCAUCACCAAGGCAACGCAGCAGCGUCAACGCAGUGGUCUGUAUUUGGCUUCAGCACGCCCCCGCUCCUGUGAAAAGAGCGAGGGGUGGAAAGGAGCCCUCGGGCCAGAGCUCCAAGUGGGGGUAGGAGCAGGGGCAAGGAGAGGGAGUGCCUCUGUCAUUGACACACUAAGGGGCAACAACGUCACUCUUCAUAUGCUCCUGCAACCUCUGACCUCUGGGCCCUGCAGCCCACCGAGAGCUGCCAGUCCUGCCCCCACAUCACCAGACAACCAAACAGAGAGCAGCCCAUCUGAGUUCCGCUCCGAGGCAGAGGACGGCACCCCUUUUCCAAGUGCGUUGCCUGCCCCCCUCCUGGCCCUCCCUGACCCCACACACUCUGAGGCCCGGCGUCUUAGUGACUCUUCUGUUGAAUCCCAGACAUUGGAAGCCACCAAUGCGAGCAGGGUUAAAUCUCUGUCAGGUGGGCGGAGGCAUUCAGACUUCAGCACCCUGCUGAGUCGAAACUCUGCCCAUCAUCAUCAUCAUCACCACCACCAAGGCACACCCAGAAAGCACCUCUGCCAGGCCUGCUUCUCUCUGCUGCUGCUGAAGUCACAAGAAGGAGGGCACAAGCAGCAGCACAUCGCCUUUCCCUUCCCACCACACCCCUGUGGGGUAGCGACAACUGCAGGAUCAGGAGGGGUGAAAGGUCAAAGUCAAAUAGGAAGUGACUGCUCUGACCUCUUCUUACUACAACAGAACCUGAUGAACAUCAUCAGCCGUAAAACCACCCUAUCCAACAAGGGCCAACCCUCCCUCCUCCACCUGCCUGCAGCCCAGCAGCCUGCCAAGAACUAUGGGGAUGGGAGUCUGAACUUACCCCAGAGAGGCAGCUUCAGUGGUGGCCACACUACACCUCCUCUGGCCAGACCCACACAGGACCGCAGGGCCAGCUACUGCGCUGGGGAGCACCGAGCCACCGGGCCCCUGGGAGUGUCCAGUGCUGUGCACACCUUGCUCCAGAACCAUGCGUCUCUCCAGAGCCAGCCUGCCCCGGCCCCGCACACCCACCUGCAAUACCUCCAGCCUGGCCACAGCUACCCCAUCGCUCCCCAGGUCAUUCAACAGACACCCACCACAGCCAGCUUCUCAGCUGUAGCUUUACAACACACCCCAGCCUCAGCAAGUUACUCUGCAUCAAGCAUUCCCCUGCAACAGAAUCAUACUGGACAGAGCUACCCAGCUCCACCUCAGCAACAGACAGCAACAAGUUAUACAACUGCAAAUGUACCACUUCAACAGCCUGCAGCAAGCUUUUCAGUGACAACCAUGCCCCCGCAGCAGCCACACACCGCAGCAAGCUACACAGUAGCAACAAUGCCAAUCCAGCGGACACCAACUCCACAGAGUUAUGUUGCUCCAGCUCUGCAACAGCUGACUCAAACUGCAGCGAGCUACGCAGCUCCAACUCUGCAACAAAACCCAACACCAGCAAGCUUCUCAGAAGCAGCAGCCUUGUCUGUCCAACAGACUGUAUUGGCCACUAACAUAGCAGCAGCAACAAAACCCUCACAACCAGCUGCACAGAACUACUCUACUCCAGUGGGGCAUCUCCAACAGACUGCACCCACACAGAGUUAUGCAUCUGUAGCCUCAACUGUGGUCCACACAGUACCUAUACCCAUUCUCCCUACUUGGACCCCCAGUGUAGCAACACAACCUCUAGCUUCUGUUGUGCCUCCCCCAGUCCAGCCUUGCCCAGCCCCACACAGCCUCUCAGACAAAGCUAUGCCUCUCAUUCUGCAGCCUGGCCAGUCUAGUCCCAUGCUUCACAGACGACAGACAGUGCAGGUCCCCAUUCAGCAGCAACACCGCCAGCAAAUGGCACAGACCGCUGUCCAACAGGAUAGUCCCAUGCAGCACAGCCAACCGACUGUGCAGGUCCCCCUACCCCAACACAGCCAGCCAAUGGUCAAGCCUACUGUCCAACAGGCUCCAGUUGUCCAGCGCUACCAGUCACCUGCCCAUACUGAGCAGCAAGGUUCAACCCUCCAGAGUUACCCCAGUUCUGUACCCCUGAUGGGGCAACAGAACUCUGCUUCUCAGAGCUACCCACCCUCAGCCCCACACAUACAACAGGCUGCUUCACAGAGCUACCCACCCUCAGGUGGCACAGCACAGCAGGCUGCUUCACAGAGCUACCCAUCCUCAGACCCACACACACAACAGGCUGCUUCACAGAGCUACCCACCCACAGCCACACAGGCUGCAAUGGUGCAAGGCUACACAUCACUCCAACCCAGUGUGAUGGGUCAGGCCUAUCCAUCUGCUCAGGCUCCACAGCAGGCUGCAGACCCACAGACCUACCCAGUGGCCCCCAUAGUGCAACAACAGACUGGGACUACUGCACAGCACAGCCAGAUCCAGGUGGCCCCACUACCCCCAGGCCAGCAGAGUUGGUACUAUCUCCACAACCCAGCUUUCCCGAACCAGAAUGUCCCUGGGGGUCAAAGCCUUCCCCAGCACCACCAAUCAUUAUCUAGUCUGCCUGCCCAGGCACUGCCUCCUCAGAAGCCAUUGGCUCAGGCCUCUGACCCUCUGCAGUUGCAGCCACUACAGAUGUCCACUUCUCUUCCACCAACACACUUUUCACAGUUUCCCUCACCGUAUCCCAACAUCCAAGUGGUGACACCUCUGGCUGGAUGUGACUCCUACCCUCACCCCUGCCAUGUUCCCCAGUCCUACCCCUCCUCCACUGCCCCAUCUCUGCCCCCUCUCUACCUCUCCCCAGGCCAGCCUGCCACUCUGCCCCCCUCUGUCUCGCCCCUUGCCCCCCUGCAUAUAGGGAACGCUCUGGUGCCACCCACCUCUGUGUCCUUGAUACCUUCAUCCACAACCCUGCUGGCCAUGGCAACACCCACACUGCCACAGCACCUGCAGAUGUACCCUGCUGUUUUGCAACAGAGUGUUAUGACACACCCACACACACAACAACCUACUCACUCACACCCUGCCUCACUCCCUGGACAACAGAACACACAACUGCAGAAUAAGCACCACAUGAACCCAGACCAUUCUGCCCUACCUGUUCAACACAACCCACACCCCACAUACUCACACCCUGCCGCUGCACCUGAGCUUGCUCUGCACAGCUCUCAGCCAUUAAGACAGGUCAAGCAGCAGACCCAGCUUCCAGAUCCAGUCCACCCCUCCCAGCCUACCCAUCCUGCAGUUUUCUCCUCUCCCAUACAUAGUGGGCCGGACAGGGGCACAGUCGCUGCCACAGCCCAGCUUGACCAGAAACUCAGCCUAAACCUGUCUCAGCGUCAGGCACUAGGCCAGAACCAGAGCCAACCCCAGGCUCCAGAGUCACAGCCACCAGGCUCCCAGACAGCAGGACCUGGGCCUGCCAGCACCAGCUUGACACAGCAGAACCAGGCCAGUGCCAGCACAGGGACCACGGUCACCUCGGCACAGCCUCUAACAGAGUCCAAUCUGGAGGAUCCUGGUACAGAGAAGCAGGCGUCAGGGGCCAGCUACUCCUACGACAGUGUGAACUCCGAUGCCACCUCAGGGAAGGAGAUGAGCGACGGUAAUGAGGGGACACACUGGUCAGGGAAGGGCGAGGGCAAGGUCCGGAAACCCCACCGCCGCUCCACACGCACCCGCUCACGCCAAGAGAAGAUCAACAAGCCCAAACUCAGCAUGCUCAACGUAUGUAAUACAGGGGAUAAGAUGGUGGAGUGUCAGCUGGAGACCCACAACCACAAGAUGGUCACCUUCAAGUUUGACCUGGACGGAGACGCACCUGAGGAGAUCGCCACUUACAUGGUGGAGAAUGACUUCAUCCUGCUCCUGGAGAAGGAGAUGUUUAUAGAGCAGCUGAAGGACAUUGUAGACAAGGCUGAGGAUCUGCUGAGUGAAGACACGGAGGGGGAGAGGAGCUCUGACCACGUGGGCAGUCCUCAACAGAGCCACGGAACAGUCAUACUGGGGGGAGAGGGUUCAAAGACUGCUACACCUAAUUCACCACAGCUUGUUUACCAGCAGAACGUCCUUCACACUGGAAAGCGCUGGUUCAUUAUCUGCCCCGUGGCUGAGACGCCCACGCCAGACAGGGAGAAGACCUCAUCAGACGCCUCUACAGCCAAGGAGGCUCCUGAUAUGUCAUUGUCUAGGUCCAGCUGCAGUACUACUCCUCCUGUUCCUGCCCUGACCACCACAGCCCCUACUCCAGCCACUUCUGCCCUCCCUGCACCUCAGAGCUCUAGUCAGCCUCAGGACCCCAAUGUGGGCAAGGCCAGAAUGCAGCAGCCCCAGGCCUCUGGAACCAAACCCACCACCAAUAGUACCACUGCUGCUGUGGGCCGCCACGAGCCCUGUGUCUCCAUGGUAACAGACAUCCCAUGCUGCCCCAUUGUUCCACCCGUGUCUCUGGAUGUGAAUGGGGUGGGACAUAAAGGGGCGAGCAGCUCUUCCUCCUGUCUACCCAAUCAGGGGGCCAGCCUGUCAGGAGACCCGCCCCCUCUGGGCUCCCACCAACCUGUGGUCUUGCAGCAGCCCUACGCCACACCCAGCAUGGUGGGUGGAGGAGGUGGAGCCACAACACCAUCACAGCCCCAGAGUCCAGCCCACCAGGCCUCCCAGCAGCAGGAUGGACCUGGUGGAUCCGGGAGUGGAGGUGGUGGGGGCCUGGGGGAGUCUGAUGGAGAGGGCCCCCCCAGGGUGGAAUUUGUGGACCGCACAAUCAAGACUCUUGAUGAGAAGCUGAGGAACCUGCUGUACCAGGAGUACGCCCCAUCUGCUCCCUCCAGCACCGCCUCAGACCUCCAGGGCUUCAGCACAGAGGGGGUCAGCUCUCCCCUUGUCUCUGACAGCCAGACCAUCACAGAGGGGGGGCUCCCCAGGAAAGGAGAGCUGCUGCCUCAGAUCCCUGAGCGUACAGAUAGUUUGGAUACCCUGAGUGACUCUGCAGGUGUGUUGAACACUGACAUGAUGGGCAGUUCCAGUUCCUAUGGUUCCAAGAGCCGUUUUCAGAUUGUCCCCACUCCUCCAGACGUCAUCAUCCGUCGUUUAGAGAAGGGCAGAAGUCGCAGCACCUGCAGCUCCACGGCUCCCUCUAGUGGCUCGGGGGGCUCUCACGCUGCAGCUGAGGGGGGAGGACGGCGAGACCAGGGGUGUAUGGCCGUGGGCAGGUUCUCAGUGAUAACCUCCGAAGAGGGGCUAGAAAACACAGCCAAACCUCACUGUAGCCACCGCUACUCAGCCCCGCCAGACUUCUACCAGGACACUCCCACCUCCAGCCCCAACGCCACCCCCACCCUGCUCCCACGCGCCCACACUGCUGAUGCUGCCACGAACUACUCUUUCCACUUCGACUCUGACUCAGGGGAGGAGGACACCAGUAGUUUAGCCCCUCCCCCUGCCCACCACAAGCCUCCAGUCCACGCACUCUCGGAACACAGCGGAAGUGACCUCAUGAAGAGGGCGGUGGCCUUCCUGCGCCGCACGGGCCGCAGCAGCAGUGUGCAUAGCUCUGAUUCGCCGAGCCGGCAACCAGCGGUAGCGAAUGGCCACGCCCUCUCGCUGCCUGGACCCGGCCCCGCAUCGUACAUCAGCAGCGACAACGAUUCUGAGUUUGAGGAUGCGGACAUGAGGAAGGAGCUGCAGAGGCUGAGGGAAAAACACAUGAAGGAGAUCUCAGAGCUGCAGGCGUUCCAGAGGAAUGAGAUCGAGCAUCUGUAUAAAGAGGUGGGGAAAGCCCUGCCGCCUGGUGUAGGCCUGCUGCACGCUGCGCCCCCUAGUGGCCGCAGACGUAGGGCCAGCAAACACAAGCUGAAGGCGGGCAAGCUGCUCAACCCCACAGUGCAGCAGCUGAAAAACAACCUGAACACCACCACCGCCGGUGAGAGGAAAGGUGAGAGUGCACCGGGCUUGUCUGGAUCUCCAGCUAAGAGCUCCAUCGUGUCUGAUGGCUCUGCCUGCUCCAGUGGCAGCAGCUGUAGUACCAGCAGCACUCUGCCCAGCACGGCCCCACAACCCGUUCAGACCCAGCAGCCCUGUUCUCUCAAGGGCUCCCUCUCCUCUGACAGCAUCUAUGGUGGUGGCAUGGCCACACACGCUGGCCCAGGGCAAGGAUGGACGGUAUACCACCAAACGUCAGAGAGAGUGACCUAUAAAUCUAGUAGCAAACCGCGUGCUAGAUUCCUCAGUGGACCCGUGUCUCUGUCCAUCUGGUCCACACUGAAACGACUAUGUCUAGGCAAAGAGCGCAGUAGUAGGUCUUCUCACGGUGCCAGUGCAACUCAGACAGCGUCCAAUCAGCAACAGCCACCAGCUGUUCCCACCCCUUCGUCAUCUCCUCAACCAAUGGCGGCUCUAGCUCAGGCCCAGACGAACAACAGCAACAAUAAGAAGCCAGGCACCUUCACGGACGACCUGCACAAGCUGGUAGAUGAUUGGACGAAGGAGACGCUGGCGGCCAAUCAGCCACGGCCCUCUCUGAACCAGAUCAAACAGCAGAGACGCAGGCAGGACCUGGAGGGCCGAGCCACGCCCAUGGGAGGAGCCACACAGGAGGUGAGAUGUGCCAUCCUUCCAAACAAGUUCCAGCUGCCUCUGUCCUGUCCACUGACAGUUGUAGGCCUAGCCAUGCCCACUGACCUGGGCUCCAACCCCUCUGCCAUGCUCCAGCCCGGGUACCUGGUACCAGCAGGUCCUUAUGGAGGGGUUGUGCCCGGCCCCUUAUACCCCCAGCAGUGGUCUGGUAUGCCCAGUCCUGUGGGGAUGAUUGGGGCAGCGGGAGGAAUGCCCUACCCCACCAGGGCCAACCCAGGGUUGCAGGCAUACCCCCUUACCCUGCACAGCCCUGAGAACGGCCCUAACACCAGGACUACCUAAUGUGACAAAUCGCACCAUCUUGCACCCAGCAACCCCCCCCCCCCACCCCCCACCCCAUUGCACCUGAUGCUCAAAACAGACUGCCCCCAGUGUUCCCCUCUAUCUCAGCACCCUCACAUCAGGUCUUACCUAAUUCUGUGCUAAUAAACCUAACUCCACUCUGUCCCCCCUGGUUCUCACUCCAGGGUUACAAUUGUAAUGAAAUCAGUCUAAUCACUUUUAAUGGGGUGACGGGAUGGAAAUAGAAUAAAGUAGGGCCCACACAUUUAGAUGCACCAACAAAUGGCUUAUGGGUCGUUCCACCUUAAAAAGCACAAGAGGAUUUUGACAACCACCAUCUCUGAUUGUGCUAAAAUUGUUUCUGUAGUUAGAAACAUAAGAUUAGCAUUCCUCAAACUAUUUGUUGAAGUAUAAUUUAUUGCCACACCCUUUUUUAAAUUUCACUGAUAUUUAAGUGUUUAUUAAAUGGAUCACAUUUUCUUUACAACAUUGGGUAGAAAACCAAUGGCUUUGGCUCAAGGGAAUAUGUUACAUAGGAUGAAGAAGCAAUACUCCAAGUCAGACAGAGAACUGUUGCUGUAUACUGGGUGGGAUUGGUGUGGGGGGGUCUGUGGGUGGUUGACCAUUUUUAUUGAUUCCUUGUGUCUUACUCAAUUGUUGGAAGAAGUUUGACCCAAAUCGUAUGUUUGGUACUAUGUGAAUCCUAUAAAUUUAAAAGGGCCAAAUUGGGUACAAUCAAUUAGCUUAAUUUCUCAAAUUUAAACAAUGUUGCAAGAAUGCCAAUCUUAUGUUUCUAACUACAGAAACUAUUUCAGAACAAUCUGAGAUGGUGUCAUGGCUUGCUGAAAUGACAUGGGAUGACUCUUGUGUUGAGUACACAUAAGAAUGUGUCUGAGUACUGGCCUCUACUUGACUGUACUACUCAACCCCUCCAGUGUUCCUAUAUGCAGGAUAGUCCUGCUCCACUCUGCUCUGAUUAUGUGGUUUGAUGCUUUAUCAAAGAGUAACAUGCAUGUAAAUAACCUGUGAGCUUGUAAAUCUCCAGUGUGCAGGUAGAUGUAUAAACUACAACACCUGAGGUUUUCCUGUGUGUGCUUGCGCACAGUAUAAAUGUCCUUUGUGUGUGUGUGUGUGUGUGUGUGUGUGUGUGUGUGUGUCAGAGUACCUACUGCUUUGGUCUUGACUUAAACUCAGUCAUACAAAUAAUAUUAGCGGUCACCAAUGUGACGUUUUCACAAUCCAUCAUAACCAAUAAGCAGUAAUGUUUUCAGAAAGCUUUUUAUCGUUUACUAACGUUUUGUCAACCUUAAUACACUACAUUAGAAUACAAGGGUUUAAGAUGACAGGAUACCUGUAUUUAAGGUGAAGUUCUCUGGAGGAGUGCCUUGAACAUAGCUUUUUCUGUGAAAUGAAGCCUGUCCAAAUCACAUGGAUUUUAUUUAAUGGUGCCUUGAGUGCCACUUCAUUUUUUUAAUGCUUUGCAGACACUUUUUGGUUUACAUUUGAAUGCCCUUGUAGCACUGCAUGUUUAUUUAAGUAAUAAAAUCAUGUUUUUAAUCUUUUGUUUACGCCACCCUUGUGAAAUUUAGAACGCCAUAGACGUGAAAUGGACAGUUGCCUUGCGAGAACAGGCAGUUGAUGUAGCUACAGUUUAAUAAGAGAGAACACAAGUCAACCCACUCAUUGGGCAGUGGUUAGUGGCAUAGAAUUAACAUUCCAAUUCAAGUCAACGUUCCCCAAUGGAUGGAUCAAUUGAGUUCCCAUUCAAUAUUUGUAGGUCUGUUUUUAGAGGGGAGCCAGUAGUGUCCAGCUCAGAAUGUAGCAGAGGCAGGUUUGCCGAGCGAGACUUAAAGUGCAAUUUCACCCCUCCACCUAGCUUUCGUAGUGGCCUUGCCACAAGCCUUAUCCAGGAACCUGCAACGGGAGCUAGUUUCUUUUGUUGCCUUUUUUAGUUGAAAGUAAGUUACAAAUCACAAAGAAAACACUAACUGCAUUUACAACUGCAAAAUAUUUUCUGUUGGGCCACAAGCGCAUGGCUCCUAUUAUUAAACACGUGAUUAGUGGAAUUACCACUUAUUUACUCGUCUAAUGUAUUGUUUAGUGUUUUUUGAGCUUGAUGUCGAUGCUGCUAGUGUGUCUGGUGGAUCCAUUAAGAAGGAAAGGAGGAGUUAGGGUGUGUAUCUCGUGGUACUUGAUAACACGACACAAGCUGAUGCACAUCCCUCCAGUAAUAAAUACCUUUUUCAGAGGAUACGUUUUCUCAAUGAGAUGUUCAUGUGAAGCAGUGUUAUUAUAUUGCCUUGUUGACAUUAUUAAAUGCUGUCUCAUUUCCCAGGUGGUUUUUGAUACCCUGGCUUUCUUUUCUUUAUGGUUUUGAGUGUUUGAUUCCUCUGUUCAGAAUGAAACAUGCUAAAUGCAGAUGGAUACUUGAUUGAGGAGAAUUGCACAUGGCCUGUGUUCUAACCAUAGCCUGUAUGAAAUGGGUUCCCAACUUGUAAAAAUAUGAUCAUGUGUGCCAUUUGGCAGAUGCUUUUAUCCAAACUGACUCAGUCAUGAGUGCAUACAUUUUUACAUAUGGGUGGUCCGGGAAAUCGAACCCACAAUCAUGGCAUUGCAAGCACCAUGCUCUACCAACUGUUCAAUAUGUAUCCCAACGUACAUAAUGGGAUUAACCCCCCCCUUAUCCUCCUGACCAUUGAAAGAACAGCUCAAACUGUUCAAAUAUUGUCCAUACAGCAAGAUUAUUAUUAUUAUUAUACCGCCAGCUAGAAAUCUCACAACCACCACACCAGUUAAAGGUUGCAGCACUCUAGUCCUGCAAAGCUGUGAAUUGUACAGUUUUCCUGUAGUUAGUAUUUGUACAUUUUCUUUGUUUUGAAAUUUCACAUCAGUGUUUGUUAUUCCAUCAAUUCGGUUUGAAUUGGACUUUUAUAGGAUAUUAUGCAGUCUUCUGCUUUGGUGAAAUACUUCUAGUAUUAAGAGAUUUAUGUUCUCUGUUACUUGUAUCUAACAGUAAUGCUACACCUCCCUGUCUUAUGCUUAGUGAGCAGAAAACCUCUGUUGGAAUAUUCACUGGGAGGCAACAUUCAGAUCCAUAGAAAUGGAUUGUAUAGAGUCAAUAUGAUUAUCUGAGGAAUAGCGCACUGUGCUUCUUCUGAUCAUUGCAUUUCUAGCAGUUCUGAGCAACAUUGCCUCCUGUUGAAUAUGCACCCCCUUAUGGAAGGCUUGCAAAAAAGCUCUGUGGGAUUUGCUUCUGCCUGCUGUGCAUUUCCCACUAUACUACCUUACCAACCCAGUCAGCCCCACUCUAAUCACAAAGACUGUACAUGUUUAAAGAGAUAAAUAAACAUUAUUUUGUGCUUGA